ACCAUAGCACAUCCUCAGGAGAUUAGUGUUUUCUCCUGGUUUAGAUCUCGCAACCUCCUCACAAACUUGCAAUAUGUUUCCAGUUUACUGACAGUUAGUUCUGGCUGCUAAUGGCCAAUAGUAGCUGUCCAGAUUUAUAAAUAGUUGAGAGGCUGUUUGUUUCAUCCAUCUGACACUCGACACCAAAGGAUUUCACAGACCCGCAUGCUAGCCCGAGCCCUCAUUCUGGUCCCCCAUGGUGGACACUCUCCCUGGGACAACUCCUCUAUUUCUGUCUAGUCUCCAGCCCCGAGUCCUCCCUGCUGCCUGCUGCUCACAGUGGACUACAUAGAGGGAUUUUUUGGAUUUCUGAGAGCUGAAGCUGUGAGAGGGGACAGAUCAGAUCAGUGUCAAAGGCUUUUUUAGAGAGAUGAAACACUUUUGAGGAGUUUACAACAAGGCGCAAAUUAUGGAAUAUAAAACUCAAAGGAAAACAACAAACUCUGGGAUUGUUUUGGAGAGAGGCCAGCUAAAUGGCAUGAUGCCGUAGGAGCUACUGGCUUUACAAAAUCCUGACCCAGGGCCCUAAAUUCUGGGUGCAGCAGCUCCAGCAGCAGGCAGAGUGUGUAAUUUUGAGGUCUAUGUUUGCAUGAAUGUUUGAACAACUGAACGCAGACAUUUUUGUUUGCAAUUCUGCAUCAUGACCUCUGUUGAGAAGCGCCGCUCUUGCCGAAAGAGUGGCGGGCAUCGAAGGCACAGCGAUGGAGGCUCCUCCAGCGGUGGGUCCUUCCUGGAUGAGAAUGACCGUGAGGUCUGCAGUCUGACAGACAGGGCAUUCAGGAGUCUCUGUAUCGGCGAUGAAGCUGUUUAUAAUGACUCAGACCUAAGUCUGUCUUCACCCUGCACUCAGAGAGACAGACAGCUGGCCUUUAGCCAGAGCGGACAGGACAGAGAGGACGGAGAAAGGGAAGAACUUAAAAGAGCUGCAUGUGAGAACUUCAGCCUCAAGGUGCAGCAGUAUGGACAGGACUGGAGCCAUGGAAGAAUGUAUGGAGGUGAGAUUCACAGAGAUCCACAAUGGGAGGUUUAUGGAGAAAGGACACAGGGGAGGAUUUCUGCCACAUUCCAGCACUCCGUUGUGGAAACCUCUCAAAAGGAAAAGUCUUUAAAAGAGGAACGGCUCAACUUUCUCAGCAAUGGAGCCACAGAGUCGAGUUCACAGCAACGCAAAAGCAACUCCAGAGUUUCCUCUCUCAUCAGAGCAUUUAAUUCUGAGCGACACAGGGAUGGAGUAGGGAUGGAUGACAAAAUCAGAGAGUGGAAAGAUGACACGAGCUGGGACAAAUCAGCUCUAAUGAGUAUCCAGAGGGAACUUUCUGAAUUCUCAUCAUACCAGCAAAAUUUUCACAGUGGUCAUUUCCCCUCUUCUGGUCCAUUCUCAUAUGGAGACACCAACCUCCACUCCUUUGGAUCUGAUGUAGCAGCAGUGUCUCACAGUUCUGCAUCUUCUUUUAUGAGAUCUUCACACAAUAAACAGAGCAUGUUCACACAGGUCAGCUGCAACUCUAAUGUCUUUAUACACAGUGAGUUUAGUCCCUUCAAGGUGUGGAGGGACCAUAACAGGUUUCCCUUCCAGCAAGGACAAAUCUCAGGCUUUAUGCACUGUUCUGAGUUUGCUAAAUGGUAUGAGACACCUAUGUACAAGGAGCCUUCACAGAUGGGUCAACCACAGGGUCAUUAUACAGGUAUCAGACAGCCAAGGAGUAACUUGGCACCCAUGAUUUCACCAGCUCUUCCACGUUCCACCUCGACAUCUACAGUGCUACAGAACGCUUCAGCUGUGGAGAAACGCUGUGAGUCAGAGUUGGCAGGUCAUUACCCUCACAGAAAAAGAAGCCAGAGUGUGGGAACCAACAGGCUUCCGUCCCAUCGCCCAUCGACUGCAUCACCCACAAUCGAGAUGUCUCGACGUGUGAGGGACACCAUCAGCUCUGUCAAAGCCCUCCAGCAGAAAAUCAAAAUGAUGACAGAGCAAAAUAUUACUACUGAAGUGACAGAAAACCAACAAACAGUACUUUACAGAAAUGAAAAUGUAAGUCUUGGCAAUAAUGCAGUAACGGUGGCACCUAACACUAUUGGCAGUAACACAAGCGCCACGCCAUUUAACAUCAGCCAGCUGCUGACACCUCUGGUUCAUGCACAUCAAGAAGCUGUUUCUUCUGAUCUCCAACAUUAUGCAACUUCUCCUCAACCUGUAGAGCAUCCUCCAGUACGAGCUGAAAGCAGGGGUGCGACUCCCGACAUUAGGAUGUCCACCUACAAAUCCAGAGCCACGAGUCUGCUCUUCAAUCUCAAAGACAACAGAAAACGAGUAAAAAGCACCUACAGUCCUACCAAAUUUAAAGCAGCGGAGACACCUGAGAAAAACAAACAGCCACCAACACACGAGCCUAGAGAUACUGUGAUAGAUAUCCCUGAAUUUCCAGAUUCAGAAAUUCAAUUUUCACAGCUACAAGAAUCCAGCAGGACAAGUGCUGCUAUGAACCAGUAUCGCAGCCCAGAACUGUCACUUACAAUGUCAAAUUCUCAACCUGUAAUGGCAACUACAGGCCAAUAUGCAGAAUACUCUUUAAGCGAUUACCAGAGAGCUCAGAUGCAAGCCCAGAUGGUUCAUCACUCUGGGUUUACCGGAUUUUUACCUGAAAACUACACCGGCAAUAAGCUGGCUAAUGGACAGAAUCUCCAUGAAGAUUUAGCAUCAUUUGCUCCCUAUAGGCAGGAUACUGUGGCUGAUGUAGGAACUUUAGGAGGGGCUUUAUACACACAUAAACCACCUUAUUCAGCUACAGAAACACCAAGGCUAAAUGCUGACAACAAUCAAAGUGGAGAAUAUUUAAUAAGCAAGCCAAACAUUGAACAACCUUUUAAUGAAACAGUGGGAAGGCUAUUCACAAAGGUGGAGAAAUGUGAGCAGCUCAAACACAACAAACAUGAUUACAGUAAUGUCUCCUUACAGGAUAAGUGGAGGCAGACAAACAGCCAAGAUACAGAAAAGCUCAGCAUGAAUGCAACUAUCUCUCCAUGGAAACAAGAAACAGCUGCUUUAAUGGAAAAGACAAGGCAAGAAAGUCACCAGGACAAAAGAGUGCUUCAAACAUAUUCUGGAUGUAAUGAGAAAACUGAUUUGAAAGAUCAUUAUUUUAAACAGGAUUAUAACAAAUAUAAUGACAAUGAAUGUAUAAGCCAUCAGAUGUUUUCUUCUGCUAAAGACAAACAUAUAGGCAUGAGUGAAACAAGUCAAAGAAAACAAUAUAUGCAAAUUCCAAGGGGACACGAGGUCCAGAGUCUUCAGCCUUCAGAAGUGAAACCACAGUCUGAACAUAAUAUACACAUAAAUUCAUUUAACCCAGACAAAACAUCUGCCCCCCAAAUAGCAGAGCAGAUGACGGAGAGACAGUUUGUUGAGGUCAAGGCUAAACAGGUCAUGGCAGAACAUAUAAAAUCCCACCACACCCAGGCAGAGGUGGCAAAAGUUCAGCAGGGGGCUCAAGUGGAGCAGCCUAAAGCAGAACCCUCUAGGUUAAUUUUAGCAGGGCAGAAUGAUUCGGAGAAAGACGCAGCAGAGCGGGUCAAAUCAGGACUGAUAAAGGAGGAGAGAGUGAAACAAGCCCAAGCAGAACAUAUUAAAGAAAUUAAAGAGGAGAAGAUAAAAGGAGAACAAACAAGACAGUUCAGAGAAAAACAACCAGAGCUUGCCAGAGAGGAGCAGACAAAGGCUGAACAAACCAGAGUACACGAGGUAAGAGAUGAGCCAAGAAAUAUUACAGAGGAAGCAAGAGCUGAGCACAUUAAAAAGGAGCAGGGUAAGCAGGUCAAAGCGGAACGAGCUGAAACAGAGAAGCUAAAAGAAGAGCACAUAAAAACCGAACUGGCAAAAGCCGAGCAGGCUUGGCAGACGAGAAUAGAGGAAGCUAAAACUGAACAGGCCACAGAAAAAUGGAUCAAUGUAGCCCAGGAAGUGGAGGUAACCACUGAACAAGUUAAGAAAGAGCAGACAGAAACAGAACAAUCUGGCACAGAAAAGGUUAAUGUAAAAAUGGCUGGGGCAGAAAAAACAAAAACAGAGCAUGUAAAAGAGCAGCAAACUGAAGGAAAAGAAGUGAAGACAAAUGUCGCUGAAGUGGAGAAGAUCCAAACAGACCACAUUAAAGCUGGGAGUUUCCGAAAAGCAAAGGAAGUAAAAGCUUCAGUUCAUGUGAAUACAGAGCAGUCUAUAACAGAAACAAGCACAACGCAAGAUGCCAAACCUGAAGAGGGAAAAGCAGAAUGGGCAAAGCAGGAGCGAGCUAAAGCAGAGCUAAUAAAAGCAGAAACCAUGCAGGAAAUGUCAGCUAAACUCACAGCUAAACUAACGGCUACACAACUGGUCAAAAGUGAGCCAGAUAAAGUCAAGCAAGUCAAGACCGAGCUGGCUAAAGCUAAAGCAGAGUUAGCCAAAAUAAAAGAGAAAAUGAGAGGUGAGCAAAAAGAGAAAGGCAGACAUGCCAUCAUCAUAAAAGAGGAUGGCACUGCAAAGAACGAUGUUCCUUUAAAGUUAAAUAUAACUGAAAAAGAGAAUUACCCAAAGCAAGAUAAGGAAGUUCAAAAGCAUCAACAGGAAGAAACAGUUAUCAGAAAAGGCAGUGGUCAAUCCAGCAGAGGCAGUGAUGAUUAUGAACAUCUGAGAGAGAAAUAUGGCUGUACUAACAGAAUUUCAACAAACAAAAACAAUUCAUCAGUGGCAGGGAAUGUCUUAUUAAAUGAUCCUUGUGAAAAGCAAGUUUUAUCUCCUAAUAAAGUUGAGAAAGUAAAUAAGGAGAAAUCAACAGAAGAACACAGUCCUACAAGCAGAUUUAUCACAGCUAACCAAAAAAGUAUAGAGGAAGUAGGUGGCUUUAAAUCCAGUGAAGUCUCUGAAAGUCAGCCUGUUUACAAUGAGUCAGCCAAAGAAUCCAAAUUACCCAAUGCCAAUUAUUCUCUAACUAAUGUAAAUAAAAGAGCAAAUUGUGACACUGUUAGCGAUAACACGAAGGACAACAGUGUUGAAAAAUCAGAAAAAUACACCCCUGUGAAGGACACUGAGGUUUCACAGCAAAGAGAUUCUGAUUGGGCCAAACCGCUACCCCAUGAAAGGAAACCUAAGUCAGCUGAGCACAAUGUAGGCGCAAGUAAAGAUCAACAUUUUAUGCCUCCCAAAUCCCUGUCUCAUAAAGAAAGAGCUUUGACCAAGCAAGAGAUUCUGACUUCCAAGAUAAAAGCUCAUGCUGAAAAGGAAAUUUCAGCAAUUAAAGAAAAGGGCUGUGCUAUACGAGAUGGAUUCAUAUCCAAAAAUUCUUCCAAGCAAUUAGCCGGUAGUCAGACAGUUAAGAUACGACAGAGGCCGCCAUCACAGGAGGUGUCUAAAAAGCAUGAAAGUACAAUGCCCAGUAAUGCAACACUGAAACCUCAGAUGGGAUCUUUAGGAGUACAGAUGGACCGUGUCAAGUCUGUUUCACCUUCAAGCUCUGCUACUAUACCAGUUAAAUCUGCAGCAACCACCACUCAUAAUAUCAUGAGCACAACUGAAUGCUUGCUACAAAAUCAAAAGCUGGAGUCCAAACCAAUGCAAAAUAAAGAGCAGCCACUCACACUCAACCAAGGAGAACAGAAAGCAGAUCAUGCAGAAAUAUCUGGAAAACCAAAAGAUGGACUUAAAGACUCUUCAAAUAUAAAAACUGACAUUCCCAACAAAAAGGAAGAAGAUCCUGCAGACGCCACCUGUGUCAAAGCUGCAAGCUCCAAACCUGUGAUGACAGAAAAGGCUGAAAGUAAAGAAGAAGCUUAUGUAGAUUUAGCACCUUCACUAAACAUUGUCUUUGGUCAGAAAAAAGAACCUGCAGCUGAUCAUAGCUUGCAGAUUAUGGGAAUAAUGGUAACUGUACAUGAAAGAAAGCCAACUGUGAACACUGGUCAAGGGAAUAACAAUGCUCAAAAUCAUAUGAAUGAAGAGAACAACAGUUCAGACCUGGAUAAGUGUUCUCCCAACUCAUGUCUAGAAUUAACUGAAAGAAAUAAAUCAUCAAAUGAGGUCAUAAAGAAAAAUAACACACAGGAAACAGAAGAUCAGGCUAAAUUUGUUAGAGAAAGUCAUCCUGAAAAUGUGCAAGAAACACCACUCUCAGAAGCAGUAAAGAACAAUAUGAAGAUGUGUCAGGAAAGGACACAUCCUCAGCAGGAUGGUUCUACUAUGAAUAUAAAACCUCAGGGGGAAACACAGCCAGAAACCUUGACCGAAAAAGGUACCAUCACUGUACCCGCUAAAAAUAAAGUGCCAGGUGAAACUCAACCCCUUCACCACAAAGAGGACAUAAAAGCAAGACAAGGAAAGGAUCACAACACAGAUAAAACGCUAAGAGAGAGGACAGAUGAAGAGAAAAAUCCACAAAAAGUGCAAACAGCUCAUAGCAAUGAGAAUUUUACUGUCACAACAGUGAACACUGGAAUCAACAACAUGAAUGAUGCUGAAAUGCUGAUAAAACAGGUCGCCAAGCAGGCUCUGAAAGAAGAUGUGACAAAUGUGGACAAUCAGGCCAACAUCAGCAAUGUAGAUGGCAAAACAGCACCAUUACUUGAGGAAAACAAACAUGACUCUAUAGUUCCAAAAAUGUUAAACACCAGUCCUUCCAACAAGUUAUUAAAAAAUGAAAACACGCAUGGAUCACACAAACUUCAAUAUAAUGACAGCCAAAUCAGGGAUAAUAAAAAAGAGGACGAUAACGUGCACAUUGACAGCAUUGCCAUCAGAGUUGUACUACCAGUAACUGAGACGGAUAACAUGACGAUAGUUGGAAAAGAAGAUGGUGCAACUUUGCCAUUUGAUGGAGUGCAAGCUAAUAAAGAGAAAGAAGUUACAUCAUCUAGUUGCCAAGAAAAAGUUAUCACUUUAAGCACAGAAGAACAAGCAAGCACUGAGAGAUCUAGUUCUGAUGACAAACAUGUGCUGUCCAGUGUUAGAAAACUGUCUGAUUCGCUGAAAUUUAGCAAUCAACAGAAUAGCAACAAUGCAACAUGCGAGAAUACUCAAUCUGAGAAUGAAGAGCUUGAAAAAGCAAAGAAAUGUGAGGAACUGGUGGGUGAAUCAAAUGAACAACAAGCAGAUGGAGACUACUUUCAAGUACAAGGGAUAACAGAAACCAAUAAUGAGCCACAGUACAAUAGCAUAACUGAUAGAGAUGCAUCAGAGGGAAGGGGACUUCCAGGGUUACCACCAAACAGAACAGCUGCCAGCAAUGAAACACACAAUGAAGGAAAGAUUGAAGCCUUUGUGUUCACUGUGGAUCAAAGUAAAAGAAAAACAACCGAUUCAAGUACAGUUCAAGAUGAAGACGCUAAAAAGAAACAUUGGGAAGCAGAAGAUAAGCUAGAAUCAAAACAGACAGACGGCUCUAGGAAGAGAUGGAAUAAUAAUGAAAAUGCUGAGGCAGAACAAGCUAAUCAGAUUAGAAAACAAAUUGAGAACCACUCCACUGUAUCGGCAACUGAAAGACAAAGUUCAAGAAAUUCAUUCCCAGCAAGGGAGAGCACAUUUCAAGAAAAACCUGAAGUUAAAACAAAACAAAAAGGAAAGCUAUCCACAACACCUGAGAUAUCAGCAAUUGCAGACUAUGCAAGGUUAAAAGUAAUUGUUUCAGAGGACAGAGAAGCAAAUACUUUUCAGGAAUACCCACCCAACAAAAAGGAAGGAUUCUUUCCACUAAUACAGACCCGUCAUAGCAGACGUCCUGUGUUUACUACUGACCCACAAGAGAACUCUGCAAAAGAGAAAUGUUUGCCAGAUAAGACAGAAAUGGGUGCUAAGGCGAAUAAAGUACCCAAAGUACUAGUAUUUCCCAUCACAGACAAAGAGCAUCAAAGAACAGGGAUGUUCAAACUGGGAGAAAAAGAAAGACAAGAUACUAAAGUGAAGGAAAGCCCGGAAGACAAUGCAGCAAAAUACACCCAACACAAAGAAAGGAACCAUUCACCAAAAACUCAGACAAUACAAAUAUCUGAAGCUGGCUCCCAAAAGGGAUGCCAAGAAGAUCAAACUGUUUGUCAGCCAAACAGUCAUUCUUUGCAACCAGCAACAUCAUCUUUUGUAGUUAACGACUCUCUACAUCCAACCAUGGAGCAAAUGCACAACAGGAAAGAAAAUUUGACCCAACAAAUGCAAGAUGGGAGAUUUGAAAAACAUCAAGAUAAAGACCUGGGGCCUAAGACUGACGAUGAGAGGACAGAAAAACUAAAAGAAGAAAGUCUUGAAACUCAGCAUGGAAUAAUCAUAGCAAAGCAGCAGCGUACGAAAAAACAAUUAGAAGAACAGCAAGCAUUCAUGUCUGAAGAGAUAAAAAGAGAAGAAGACAUGAAAAUAAAGCACAUAUUGGAUGAGAGUAGAGCUUCUCUGGCUGAAGAAGAGAGGAGAGCCACUCAGAGGGAAGAGGAGAGGAGAGCAAAAGAGCGUGAGGCCGUAGCUAUUAACAUCAAGGAGAGGCGAGAUAAGCAGAGGGAAGCAGAGAGAAGAUCAGAUGAAGAAAGAAAAGUCAAACAGAAAGAAGAGGAUAUUAGAGCAGAACAAAGAGAAGAAAAAGUGAGAAUGAAAGAAAUUGAGGAAAAGAAGUACAGAAGAAUAGAGGAGCAACAGACAGCUGCACAAGAAGAGCAACAGAGGAAAGCUGCACAAGAAAAGCAGCAAAAAAGAGCUGCACAAGAAGAACAACAAAGAAAAGCUGCACAAGAAGAGCAACAAAGAAGAGCUGCGCAUGAAGAGCAACAAAGAAGAGCUGCGCAUGAAGAGCAACAAAGAAAAGCUGCACAAGAAGAGCAACAAAGAAGAGCUGCGCAUGAAGAGCAACAAAGAAGAGCUGCGCAUGAAGAGCAACAAAGAAAAGCUGCACAAGAAGAGCAACAAAGAAGAGCUGCGCAUGAAGAGCAACAAAGAAUAGCAGAAGAAGAAAAACAGAGGGUUGCAGAAGAACUGAAAAGAAGAGCUGCACAAGAAGAGCAACAAAGGAGAGCUGCACAAGAAGAGCAGCAGAGAAGAGCUGCACAAGAAGAGCAACAAAGGAGAGCUGCACAAGAAGAGCAACAGAGAAGAGCUGCACAAGAAGAGCAACAAAGGAGAGCUGCACAAGAAGAACAACAGAGCAGAGCUGCACAAGAAGAGCAACAAAGGAGAGCUUCACAAGAAGAACAACAAAGGAGAGCUGCGCAAGAAGAGCUAAAGAGAAGAUCUGUGCAUGAAGAGCAACUAAGAAUAGCACAAGAAGAAAAACAGAGGAUUGUAGAAGAACAACAAAGGAGAGCUGCACAAGAAGAGCAACAAAGGAAAGCUGCACAAGAAGAGCAGCAGAGAAGAGCUGUACAAGAAGAGCAACAAAGAAGAGCUGCACAAGAAGAACAACAAAGGAGAGCUGCACAAGAAGAGCAACAAAGAAGAGCUGUGCAUGAAGAGCAACUGAGAAUAGCACAAGAAAAACAGAGGGCUGCUGAAGAACUGAAAAGAAGAGCUGCACAAGAAGAACAACAGAGGAAAACUACACAAGAAAAGCUACAGAGAGCUGCAGAAGAAGAGCUACAGAUGAAAGUCGCUCAAAGAGAGCAACAAAGGAGAGCAGUUCAAGAGAUUCAACAGAGGAGGAGAGCAGCUUUGAUUGAGGAACAACGACAGAUUGAGGAGAAGAUACUUGCCAAUACCGAGGCAGACAAGAAAAGAAAACCAAGAGAAGGAGAUAAAGUUAUGCAUAUUUCAGAAGAGGAAAUGAUCGAACAGAUACAAAUAGAAGAGCAAAAGAGACUAAGGCAGAAAAAGGAAGAAUGGAUCAGAACUCAAAAAAGGGAGGCAGAAAUGAGAGCUGUAGAAAGAGUAAACAUCAUAAAGGAAGAAAAGCAAGCCAACGAGAGGCCUAAACUUCAUGAAAACAGCCAAGAAGCACUGAAAAAUGAGAUGAGAAUGGAAAAAGAAGGCAUGCUAGCUCAAAGAGAGAAUAACAUCAAGGCUAACAAGAGAGAAGAAGAAAAGUUAACAGCUGACAGUGAGAAGGUGAGAGAUACUCGGAGAGAGCAAAAAAGAGCAGCACAGGUGGAUGCUCUCCAGUACUAUGCCAUCACUUCAACAGAAUCAGAGACAAAACAAAGAGAAAGGCAACUAUGCUCCCCUUCACCCUCCCAACAAAGAAACAAUCUAUCAGAAAAUGAGUCAACUGAGUCCCAUGGGUCCCACACGAGAUCUUAUAGACCCCAUGCCCCUGCAUCUCCAGCUCCAUCUCUGCCCCGAUCCAACACUUCCUCACCUGCUCUAGGAGUCAAGCCCUUAAUGUUCAGAGUAAAGGACAACACUUUCAGAGGUUCCACUUCCACCAAAUCGGUUAAGCCACGAUUCUAUAAGAGCUUUGGAGAAGAUUUCCGGGUGGGUUCACCCAGUGACAGGGGAUUAGAGAAAAGAGAGGAAGAACAGGAGAAAAUAAGACACAGUGCUGGAACUCCUGUCCAGCAUCACACAAGUUUAAAUAGACUCACUGCUAUCAGUGAAUCUUCAACUUUCCAGUCAGCAUCUUCACCACAGGAUCACUCAGCCCCUAUCCCUCAUUAUAGGCCCUUUUCCAGGAGAAGCAUUGCUAUGGAGGAAGAUGACUCACGCUCUCUUAUCAGCAAUAUGUCUGAAGAUGUGGAAAGUUUUGCCACCAGUGCAGCAGACCUGGCAGACAUACGAGGUCUUUAUGACAACGAAAGACCAGAAUCAGCAUGUAGCUUCAGCAGUGAUGUGUCCCGUUCUUUGGGCAAGCCUCCAGCUGUUCCCCCAAAGAGCGAGAAAGCCCUACGGAGGGCUCAAAGGCUAACUACCCGGAGAAUGAAGAAAGAGUUGUCCAAAGUUGGCGCAGACAGCCUUUCUGCAGUUGAGAAAGAUGUCUCCACUAUUCGUUCCUCUUCAGCUACUGAGGUACGAUCCUCUAAUCGCCAUGCUAUGGCUUCCCCUCAUUUUUCCUCACCUGUCUCCCUUGCUAAUGCUCCUGUGUCGGGGUCCAGCUUGCCUUCCACCCAUACAGAACACCAGUCUUCUCACCACUCUUUCCACGCUUCCCCUCAUGCCACUGGUCCUAUUUCUAUCCCUCAUACUGCCGCUGUUUCCCUCCCUGGUGUGUCUCAUUAUGCUACUGGCCCUGCUUCCCAUACUGCUGUUCCUAAGACUGUUGCUCAUGUUCCCUCUUCUCCCACUUUCCACCAAGCCAACCACCCAGCUCCAGUGACACAGUAUCAUGUAGAGUCAAGCUAUCCCCAGGCCUACCCUCUGACCCAGCGCAAGGUGCUGCAAGACCCCGGUUCUGGUCAGUAUUUUGUAGUGGACCUGCCUGUUCAAGUGAAAAAGAAGACUUUCUUUGACCCACAGACAGGAAAGUAUAUUCAACUGAAUGUGCGCGAGUCUGGCAAGAGCAUCUCGCAACCUCAACCCCAGCAAACAUGCCCACAGCCUCAGAUGCAGAUCAAGUCCCAGCAACAGCCCUUCUCCCAGACUUUUCCUGCUGGCAAACCCUUUGUGCUUUAUCAAGGGUAUCACCAACACUACCAGCCUCCAAGUAUCAACUCCCUGCAUCCCAACAAGUCGCAGAUUCCUGCAACUCUCCACCAGAACCAGCAGCCUGGAUGUCAGGCUUUUGAACUGGGACAAAACUCUGAAGGGCAUCGCUACAGUCCAGAGAAGACUCCGUACAUGGACACGGUUAAUGACAAAGACAAAACAUAUAACACAAUUUACAGCACACAUGGCUCAUAUGAGUCGUUCCCAGAGUGUGACACAAACAGCCAGCUUGCAGGAAGCUCAGUUUGUGAAAAUGAUAACUCAGCCCACUCUCAACAUCAUCCUCGUGAUAUAAUAGCUAUGAGUGAACUGGAUGACUUUAUGGAGGUGUCUGAUUGGUGAGAGUAAAGACUGAUAUUAGAUAUUUAAUAAAGUAAAGAGUGAAUGGAUCAUAAUAUACAUGAUUUUAAGUGGUUGCAAAUGACUUUUUCAAGUGAAAAUAGUCUCAGAAUGUUUUUGGUUUGUAGUUUUAAUAAGUCUCUAUAGCAAACUGUUAUAUUGUUUGUGCUUUUGGAGAUUUGCUGUUGAUUUAUUUAUUGUUUUACAGAGUUCACCAUUCCAUUUGACUUUGAAUGUGAGAAGCUAAGCUAUGCUUCUUGUGUAAACAGUAUCAUUAGCACUGCCUGUUCAACCUAAUUGACUUUUAUUAUAUAUCAUACAGUAUAUCAGAAGUUGCUUGGAAAAACUUUUGCUACUGACAAGCCUGCUUGACCUUUAAGCACAAAUUGGAGAUUUUGAGACUCAUAGUUUUUUAAUUCAGCCAUGUAUGAAGUGAAAAAAUGGUGAUGUGGCUGUUGCUGUUUUUAAGAAUUAAUAUCAUACAGUAGUCUAUUUUUUAAGCUGAAUGUUUGUAAAAAAAAUUGUUUCUGGGUUGCUGUGAAACAGUAGCGUGACAUGGGCUGAAUCAGAUGAUAAUCAAUUAAUCAUUUCUCAUCACGGUGGCUGUAUUUUAAACCUCAUUGUAAAAGUUAGAAAUAAACCAAAAAGAAAAGAUAAAAAGGUUCAUGCAAGAGGCUGAUUUUAUUUUACAGCCAUAAUAUAAUGUAAUAUAAUGACAUCCUGCUCUGACUUUUGAAAUGUACCCUGGGCCUGAGUGAUUCAAAAUGAAGAGUCUUUUUAUGAUUGCAUAAGACAAUUACAAUGUGCUAUUGUAAUGUGCAGUAAUAUGUCCUGAGAGAUAAAGGAAAAUAACAUUUUGUUGAUGGCAUUUAUUUUGUGUCCUUUUUACUGUAUGAAGCGAUCCAAAUGUUUAAAUCUUUUAAUAUUAUA